GCCGACAUGAGCGUCACAUUGCACAAACCCCUACUCGCUCCUCCUCGGGGUGAAAAAAAUCUGCCGGAAUUAAAUAACCACAUUGCAAGUUAGGAUAGUUCUUCCUGUGUUUUUGAAAACAUAGAAUAAUGAAUUCAGUGUUUGACGACUUAAGGGAAAGUUAUCUUUUGUGACAGCUCCUUGCUUUGGCUAACAAAACGGCCGUGUUUGUUUUAAACAAAGUGUUCUACCGAGGUGGUGUGUGACACCUGCAAAAUAUACAGGCCACGGCUACAUAGUACGAGUUUUAAAAGUUUCACUAUAACGGUGAAACAAAUUGAAAAGUACACCGCAUAUCUAUUGGCAGUGAAAAAGACUGAGUGGAUUGGUGAAGAAAUGGAGCGACGAGGGACGCGAGGAUGUGCCUCAUCACAAACAUGAUGUUCGCUACCCACGACUGUCCCCAGAAACUCGGCAGGCGAGGUUGUGAGGUGACGGACCCAGUUGAGAUAUGCACACUCACGAUGAGGUAAUGGAAGAAAAAUUGAAGCCGAGUGUAAAGUCUGAGGGUGAUGGCGGGGCGGCGAGGAAGGUCAGAGGCAAGCAUGUUGCCUUCAUGAUGGUGGUGGGCCUCACGUCCAUCCUGCAGGGCACGGUCACCAAAGGCUGGACUGCCGUCCUGCCCAAGAUGCAGGAUGACCCUCACAGCUUCGUUAAAACCGACGACGACGUGGCGUGGCUGGUAUCCAUGACGUCCAUCGUGGGGAUCUUCGCCUCUCUGGCAACGGGGCCGCUGGUGGAGUGGGUGGGACCUUGCCUGGUGCUGGCCAUCGUCAUGGGGGUGAGCACCGCCCUGUGGCUGCUGAUGGUCUUCCCGCCCCAUAAGGUGGUGUUCUUUGUCGCCAGGGCGGGGCUGGCCGCCUGCGUCUACGCUGUUUCCACAGUGUCGCUGCCACUGCUGGCGGAAAUGAGCCCAAACAAAGUUAGAGGAGCGGUGGCUACUCUGUCAGAAAUUGGAGGGUCGACUGGCGUGCUUUACGGCUACCUCGUGGCGUUCCUCUUCCCUUGGAAGAUUGCCACGGCGCUCUGCACCCUGACGGCCGCCCUGCUGUUUCUGCCCAUGUGGUUCGUGCCUGAGUCGCCCUACUGGCUGGUGAGAAGAGGCAGGCUGGAUGACGCCAAGGCGUCGCUGCAGCGGCUGAUGGGCUCCACGCCUGAAGUGGAGGAGGAGUUGGCGGCGAUCACCAGGCGGCCCACUGCGACCCAAACCUCCCUCCUGCAGCAGGAGGCAAGGAGUCCAUGGCAGAGUUAUAGCAGCCUCAUCAUGACAGUUGACAGGAACCCUAAGGUGGCGGCCGGGCCCGUCUCGGCAAAGCAGCUGGCUAUGGUGACGGUGGUGGGCUUCUGCUCCCUCACGCAGGGCACGGCCACCAAGGGCUGGACCGCCGUGGUACCCAAGAUGCAGGAACACCCUCACAACUUUGUGAUCACUGACAACGACGUGGCCUGGCUGGUGUCCAUGACGUCCAUCAUUGGGAUAUUCGCCUCACUGGCCACGGGGCCGCUGGUGGAAUGGCUGGGGCCGCGGCGGGUCAUGAGCAUCGCCAUGGGCCUGAGUAUCGUCAUGUGGCUGGGUCUCGCCUUCCCGCCCAACAAGAUGGUGCUCUACGCCAGCAGGGCGGGACUGUCCAUCUGUGUGUACAUCAUCGUCACCAUCCUCAACCCGCUGGUGGCAGAGCUCAGUCCUCACAAGUUCCGGGGUCUUGCCGGGAGUUUUCCUGAAAUCUCUGGGGCGCUGGGUGCUCUCAUCGGGUACCUGCUGGCCUUCCUCGCCCCCUGGGAGGUGGCCACGGCGCUCUGUACGCUCACCGCCGCCGUGCUCUUUGUGCCCCUGCUGUUCGUCACUGAGUCGCCGUACUGGCUGGUGAGGAGAGGCAGGCUGGAUGACGCCAAGGAGUCGCUGCAGCGGUUGAUGGGCUCCACGCCUGAAGUGGAGGAGGAGCUGGCGGCGAUCACCAAGCGGCCCACUGCGACGCAAACCUCCCUCCUGCAGCAGUUCACGGAGCUGCGGAAGGGACAGAAUCUCCGGCCCGUGGUGCUGGUGCUGAGCUUCUUCGUGCUGCGGGAGCUUGGUGGCCGAAGCUGCAUCAUGAUGUACACGGUGUACAUUUUUCGUGACGCUGGGGUGGAGCUGGACGCCUUCACGUGCACCGUGCUCGUGGGCGCGGCUCGGCUGGUGUGUACGUGCGUGACCGCCGGCAUUCUGGACCACGUGGGGCGGCGGCCGCUGCUCAUCAGCACCGCCGUGGUGGCCGCGGUGUCCCAGAGUGUGUGCGGGCUGUUCCUCUUCCUGCAGGUGCCGGGGGCGUCCCUGGUGCCGCUCGUCGCCGUGCUGGUGUACAUCGCCGCGUACGGCACGGGCGUGGGGCCCAUUCCGUGGGUGUACGUGGGGGAGCUGGUGCCCUCCCCCGUCAGGUCCCUCGGCGCCUCCAUCAUCACGGCGUGCGACGCGUUCGUCGUCUUCAGUAUUAACUUGGCUUUCCUGAAGAUCAUCGCCACCAUUGGUCUGGCAACGACAUUCUCAGUAUUUGCAGCACUGAAUUUCCUCAUUGCUGUCCUUGUCUGCCUGUGGAUCCCUGAGACGCGGGGCGUGCCUCUGCAGGAACUGGAUGACGUGUUUUCCCUAAAGAAACGUCCUUCACAGACCAGUCAGCACAAGCCCGCCGAGGCCACAGAGACGAGCCUGAAUAACCCUUGACUCUGACUAAGCUUUGUACUCAAGACAUUGUCUACAUCAUUUCCGGGAAAGACAGCAGGCAUAGAAUAGCUGUAAUAAAAUGUUCAUGGAACACAUUCUAAUCUACUGUUUAUUUCCUCUGUGUCUCAUUAUAGGCUCAACCAGACAAGGGUAUCGUGGCUCACUCCACACUGCCUAUAGCAUUACAGUUUGCGUUUCCUUUUGUGUAAAAAAUUUUCAUGUUUUUCGACCAAUGUUGUUGUUGGGACGAGGAGGACUUCCAUCUGCCGAGCGAAAACCAAGAAGUGAAGAAAUACAUCUUUUACAAUA